AGCUCCCACCGCAGCACUGGACUCUCCACGCACGCACCCACCCACCUCCCUGAGUCCACCGCCCCUCCUAUCUCCCUUUUCUUUUCUCCCUCCUCCUUCCUUCCUCGCUGAGCUCAGCGGCGGCGGCAGCGGCGGCAGGAGGAUCCCGACGCUCCUGCCACGUACACCAAGCAGGGUUUUGCGGGGCGGCCCGCGCGGCGCGGGUUCAGGAGGGACCCGCGAGGCGCGCGAUCUCAGGUGGCGGCAGCAGCAGCAGCCUGCACGCACGCACUCCCGGACGCACCCGGAUCCUGCUUCGUGUCCCGGGGACCCCCAGCCCCCGCACGCACGGCCGAGCUCAGCGUACAAUAGCGGCAGCCGCGGCGCGGCUUGGAGGCCGAGUGCCCGCCAUGGGGAAGGCGGCGAGGAAGGCAGGCGACUGCAAGCGCUUCUUGAAGAAUAACUGGUUGCUCCUCUCCACGGUGGCCGCGGUGGUGCUAGGGAUUUUUGUGGGAGUCUUUGUUCGAGAAUACAGCAAGCUUUCUAAUCUGGAGAAAGUCUACUUUGCUUUUCCUGGAGAAAUUCUAAUGAGGAUGCUGAAACUCAUCAUUUUGCCAUUAAUUAUAUCCAGCAUGAUUACAGGUGUUGCUGCGCUGGAUUCCAAUGUAUCUGGAAAGAUUGGUCUGCGUGCUGUCGUGUAUUAUUUCUGUACCACUGCCAUUGCUGUUAUUCUAGGUAUCGUGCUGGUAGUGAGCAUCAAGCCCGGUGUCACCCAGAAUGUGGCUGAAAUUGACAGGGUGGGCAGCACCCCCGAAGUCAGUACGGUGGAUGCCAUGUUAGACCUGAUCAGGAAUAUGUUCCCUGAGAACCUUGUCCAAGCCUGUUUUGCGCAGUACAAAACCAAGCGUGAAGAAGUGACGCCUCAGCUUGAAUCAGUUGUGAAUGCCACACAAGAGCCCGUCACACCUGUCACGGCAACUGCAGUUCCCAAGAAUGAAACAAAAGAAUACCAAAUAGUGGGCCUGUAUUCGGAUGGCAUAAAUGUCCUGGGCUUGAUUGUCUUUUGCCUCGUCUUUGGAAUUGUUAUUGGAAAAAUGGGAGAAAAAGGGCAGAUUCUGGUGGAUUUCUUUAAUGCUUUGAAUGAGGCAACCAUGAAAAUCGUCCAGAUCAUUAUGUGCUAUAUGCCACUUGGUAUUCUGUUCCUGAUUGCUGGGAAGAUCAUAGAAGUUGAAGACUGGGAAAUAUUCCGCAAGCUGGGCCUCUACAUGGCCACAGUCCUGACUGGGCUUGCAAUCCACUCCAUUGUCAUUCUCCCACUGAUAUAUUUCAUAGUCGUACGAAAGAACCCUUUCCAAUUCGCCUUGGGAAUGGCCCAGGCUCUCCUGACAGCCCUCAUGAUCUCUUCCAGUUCAGCAACACUGCCUGUCACCUUCCGUUGUGCUGAAGAAAAGAAUCACAUAGACAAGAGAAUCACUCGAUUUGUGCUACCUGUUGGUGCUACAAUCAACAUGGAUGGAACUGCACUUUAUGAAGCAGUGGCAGCUGUGUUUAUUGCACAGUUGAAUGACCUGGACUUGGGCAUUGGGCAGAUAAUCACCAUCAGUGUCACAGCCACAGCCGCCAGCAUAGGAGCUGCUGGCGUGCCCCAGGCUGGCCUGGUGACCAUGGUGAUCGUGCUGAGUGCCGUGGGCCUGCCCGCUGAGGACGUCACCCUGAUCGUUGCCGUGGACUGGUUCCUGGACCGGUUCAGGACCAUGGUGAAUGUCCUCGGAGAUGCAUUUGGUACUGGCAUUGUGGAGAAGCUAUCCAGGAAGGAGCUGGAGCAGACGGCUGUUUCAUCUGAAGAGAACAUCGUAAACCCUUUUGCAUUAGAAUCCACAGUACUGGAUAAUGAACACUCAAAGAACAAGAAGUCCUACAUCAACGGAGGCUUUGCCAUAGAUAAGUCUGACACCAUCUCGUUUACCGAGACCUCACAGUUCUAGAGCCCCCACCUUCAGAGGACUGGGGAUGAUGAAGCACGUCUCCAUGAGAGUUAUCUCAGCCAAUUAAAACAUUAAUUAAGGGAAAAAAACACUAAUGACCAACUAUACAUUUGAUUUGAUAUAUAGACAUUCAGAUUAUUUUCUAUAUUUGGAUUCACAGUUUUUGUUCUUUGGAUUUUGGGGCCUGGGGGGUGGGGUAGGAUGAAAGGAAAUCGAUGAAAAGGAAAGUUGUAUUUUCUGUUUUGGUUUUUUAAAAAUUCUAUGAGAGAAAGUUUGGAAGUAUAUGAAGUAACAGCUGUUGGAAUUAGGUAAUAGAUGUGGAAGAGAAAUUGCUUUCUCAUACACAAACCAGUGUUUGGGGUUUUAAAUAUAUAUAUACUUUAAUUGGUUACAGAUUUUUACUUCAGACUUUCUAUUGGCAUAGAUUUCCUUUAACUUCUCACAUUUUUAUAGAUUAUAAUGCAUCUAAACAACCCCCUAGCUAAUGUGCCAAAUUGUCCAUUUUGAACUCAUCUCUAGCCAAUUUCAAAGAAACUGCUUUGAAAGAAAACAGACAGGCACAGUUCUGCAAUAACAGUUUCAAGAUAGGCAGGGGCUUUGGUGGAAAGGGAGAAGGGUUCUUUUUUCCAUGUACUGUAUUGGGAUGCUGGUAACUCUCAACCCAGUGUUCAGUAUAGAGUGAGGUGUGUGUGUGUGUGUGUGUGUAUUUAUUUUUUACAUAUAAUUUUCCAGACAGAUCAGAAUUGAACUGUCAAUGUGAAAUAAAGAGCCCUGAUUGUACUUGAAUAAUAACUAUCAGAACUCCUUUUUCAGGAGCACCAGAGUGAGAAGUCACAUUGUUUUGAUCAUUUCACAUAUGUGGAUCAGGCUGAAAGCAGAGAUGUAUUGUGAUACUCUGAGUUGGCAUAGCCAUUCAUGUAAAAUUUCCAGAUUCUAGCUGCUGAAAGGGACUCCCUAUCAGAACUCUAUAAUAUUAUAUACAAAGCUGUCACUCACCUAAGUUUGGAUGUGCUUUUGCCCAACUGGAAGGCUUCAUUCUUCCAAGGUCAGUUGUACACACUCAGAGCUGCCAUCCUUGACUGUCCUUGUGCUUUUGUACCCAUUAGGGCCCAAUUAACCAUGGCAAACUGCCAGCUAAGUUCUAGUUUGAUUUAGAUUCCAUGGGUUGAUCAGAAAAGAGAUGUCCCCACCCUGGAUUCUUACAGAGUAAAUCCCGAGACAUGAGAUACUUGUGGUUCAAGGGAACCACUUGUCUACUCCUCCAGGGAGGGUUGUUCUAACUGGUAAUCUUGGCUCUGCUCAUUAAAAUCCACUGCUUGUCAUUCUCCUGCUAAUUUAUGAAGACAGUUUAUUAAAGUCGGUGCUUUGGCUUCCAUCCUGUAAAUAAUGCUUAACAUAAACUUAUACUUACACCAAGAGUAGAAUAAUUGUGAUUCUCCAGUACUGAACAGCCAAUUUAAACCUGUGCUUUUAUAUUUAAGAAACCAGGAAGCUGAGCAUAAAAGGCUUGUCUAAUGUGCCGUUUGCGAAAGCCUGCAUUUGGAGUGGAAUUUUCUAAGUUUCCUUCAUUUGCAACAUGAAAGAAAAUGCCCAACAACAGAACUUCUGUGCCAAAGACAUUAGAAAAGUAAAUAAAUGAAUGCUCAGUCUUAACCACCUGUACCUUAAAUCUAGAGAAUGAUGGUGAUUGGAAUGUAAAUAUCCUAAAUACUGACCAGUGAUUCCAUGUGAAUUUUAAAGUGCAACUAAUAGUAUUGUUUAUAGGAAAUAAAUAUAAAUAUAAAUGAAGUUGAAUCAGUAAUUUAUCUUGGGCUGAAUGGUUCUAUCCCCUUAGCAAGUUGCUCUGGAUAGUGUCAUUUGAGUUAUUCAUGAACUGUAGGUCAUCCUUAUUUCAAAGUCUGUUUGUAACCAGCCUCUUAACACACUGUGCUGUUAACUCAUAAAAGAGAGCAAUGUUCCAUUUCAGACUCAAUAAACAUUUCCUUCAUUCUUU